CCCCUUAGUCGUCCCAAUCUACCCUCCUCGCCGCCAACCUCUAACCUCCGCUGGUUUCUUUAUCCCUCCGGCCGAUCAUGGCUUCUAUUUGCUCUAAACCGCUGCUUUUCAAAACCCUAAGCUCCGUUCCAUCACGACUAAGCUCUCGGCAGAAGCCCGCAAGCCUCCGCUGCUCCGCCGCCCGGCCACCGCAUCCCCGAAGCUAUAGCAUCACUCUCCUUCCCGGCGAUGGAAUCGGACCAGAGAUCGUUUCCAUUGCCAAAGAGAUCCUUGCUGUGGCUGGAGCUCAUGAAGGAAUCGAGUUUAGUUUCAACGAGAUGCUGAUGGGCGGAGCGGCGAUUGAUGCUGUUGGUGUACCGUUGCCGGAGGAGACUUUGGCUGCCGCUAAGCAUUCGGAUGCUGUUCUUUUGGGAGCUAUAGGGGGGUAUAAGUGGGAUGGGAAUGAGAAGUCGCAGAAACCUGAGACAGGGCUUCUUCAGCUCAGGGCUGGGUUAGGCGUAUUUGCAAACUUGAGGCCAGUUUCCUUAUUGCCACAGUUGGUUGACUCUUCAACUUUAAAGAAAGAGGUUGUUGAGGGAGUUGACUUGAUGGUAGUUAGAGAGCUUACUGGAGGGAUUUAUUUUGGAGAACCUCGGGGAUUUGGGACUAAUGACAAGGGCGAGCACAUUGGCUUCAAUACUGAAGUAUACUCUACAUUUGAGAUUGAUCGUAUUGCACGCGUAGCUUUUGAGGUUGCUCGAAAGCGACGGAGCAAGCUGUGUUCGGUCGACAAAGCAAAUGUUUUGGAGGCAUCAAUGUUUUGGAGGAAAAGAAUCGGCGAAAUUGCAUCGGAAUACACCGAUGUAGAAAUCUCUCACAUGUAUGUUGAUAAUGCAGCAAUGCAAUUGAUUCGAGAACCAAGACAGUUUGACACUAUAGUCACUAACAACAUAUUUGGUGAUAUAUUAUCUGAUGAGGCUUCCAUGAUCACCGGAAGCAUUGGAAUGCUUCCAUCUGCCAGCGUCAGCGAAUCGGGACCUGGUUUAUUUGAACCAAUUCAUGGUUCAGCUCCCGAUAUCGCAGGGCAGGACAAGGCAAAUCCAUUAGCUACUGUGCUCAGCGCUGCAAUGUUAUUGCGAUAUGGUCUCGGCGAAGAGAAUGCUGCGAGGAGGAUUGAGGCUGCUGUGGUCGAAACGCUCAAUAAAGGAUUCCGGACCGGUGAUAUUUAUUCUUCUGGAAUGGUGCUUGUGGGUUGUAAGAGAAUGGGAGAGGAAGUACUGAAAUCUGUGGAUUCACAGAAGCCUGUUGGUGCCAUAAGCUGAGAUGAGCUGCUUACAGGUAAUAAAAAUGUGCUGGAAAUAAACAUAUUCUGCAUUUUUUUUUUUUCUAUUCUUAUUUAUUUCUCUUUCUUUGGUAAUAUGAAAGAUUUUUAUUUAAAUCUUUGGGUUUUUUACAUAUCAACCACACAAAACAUUGAAUAUAACAUUUUAACCAAUCAAAUUUUAAAUAUAAUAUUUCAAUCAUUUUUUUCAUUGCAACCAUCCUCUUUUACCCACUUGUAAAGGCUUUUAGUGAAAGUUUUGGGCAGUUAAAAUGUUAUAUUUAAAAUUUUCAGGGGUUAAAAUGUUAUAUUUAAAAUGUGGGUGGGUGGCUAUAAUAUUAUAUUCAGUGU